AUGCGACAAAACAGCUUGCCGGAAGAAGCGACCCCCAAAAGUUCUCAUCGGAACUUCCAUAGCCACCUUAAACAUCUCAAGAUGCCCCUUGAUCCAUUAGUUUCAAGCGGUCUCGGCCAGCAACAUCCAGACUUCCCUGCUACCAUCCUAGCUUUCUACCUUCUCACGUCUACUCAGCUCGACAAUCUUGCUCGUCACUUUCAUCAGAUCUGGCCUCCUGUCGACGCCACCUCGCAGUAUCCUGUUCAAAUGGCCGCUUGGAUUGGAACAUCGCAAGAACAUGAGACCAGUCUCUACACAAAGCGUCUGAGGUUCGGUUUGUUUAUUGGGUUACGAGGAUGUGGUAUGCCUCUUACGGAUUGCCAAACCACCCUACACAGUACGUUGGGUGACCACGCAGAGACCUGGAAGACAGCCGAAGCCCUUAGACGCACGGAAUAA